AUGAUUGAACUUUCUGACUAUUUCUCUAUCGAGAUAUUCUUUAUAAUAUUGAGAGAAACUUUAGAAACUGCUAUUAUCAUAUCAGUUUUGCUUUCAUUUAUAAAUCAAAGAUCGCAUUCUCAUGAUGGGCAGAAGACAUCACCAUCAAGUUCAAGGGAUUCGGAGAUUUCUGAAAGGCAUGAGAAAGAACAGAAAAGGCUUAAGCUUCAGGUAUGGGCUGGUGCUGUGAUUGGAUUAUUAAUAUGUCUCGUAAUAGGGUUAAUCUUUAUUACAUGCUUUUACAUUAUUGGUAAGGACUAUUGGUCAUACACUGAAAGAUUAUGGGAAGGAGUAUUUUCUUUAUUAUCGAGUAUAAUUAUCACUGUAAUGGGCAUUGGUUUAUUAAGAAUUAAUAAGGUUAUGAAAGUUAAAUGGUGGGUAAAAUUGGGAUCUGCUUAUAACACCGAAGACAACAGCAACAGCAUAAACCCAGACAAUAAUGAAGCUAGUGAUGGCAUAGAUAGUGAAUUGUCUGGCUCGUCAGUCAGUCAUGAAAGACCUAGAAAACUGUCUUUUACAAAGAAAUAUUUCUUGGCGAUAUUACCUUUGAUCACUACUUUAAGAGAAGGUUUAGAAGCCGUGGUAUUUGUAGGGGGGAUUGGCAUGUCUCAACCCCCAACCUCAAUUCCGCUUUCAAUUGUAGGUGGUAUUUUAGUAGGUUCAAGCAUUGGUUAUAUGUUGUACAAAGGUGGUAACAAGAUGUCAUUACAAUAUUUUUUAAUCUUCCUGACCUGUUUCUUGUAUAUUGUCAGUGCUGGCUUAAUGAGCAGAGGAGUUUGGUUCAUAGAAUUGGAAAGAUACGUUAGGUUAUGUGGUGGUUUGGAUGUUAGUGAAACUGGUAGCGGUCCAGGGUCUUACGAUAUAGCAAACAGUGUUUGGCAUGUCAACUGUUGCAAUGGAUUAACUGAUGGCUGGUGGAUGGUCUUGAAUGCAAUAAUUGGUUGGACUAAUUCUGCAACAUACGGAAGUGUUAUCUCGUACUGUGUAUACUGGUUAUUUGUUGCGUUGUGGUUAGAAAUAAAAUUAUACGAAGAGAAACAAGGAGUGUUACCAUUAGUUCCAAUAAAAUGGCAAUUGAAAAGAAUUAGAAAGAAAGUUAAGUUAUAUGAAAGCAGACUCAAGCAUCAUCGUGAAUAUCACCAGCAUAAUGAAACGAACACUAGCGAGUACCAUGAGCUUGAAAGUAAUCCAUCUAUGGAGAUCAACCCCAGAGAAGCAGAGGGCCAAUUAUUAUUGUCUACUGACUAG